CGACUGGCCUGGGUUUCUGGCUCACGCUCGCAGUGCCUCUGUUUCUACCGGACAGCCGCAGAGAGAGGCCAGCAUCAGCAGAGCAUCAGACAUGCAGGCCUGGCUUGUCAGCACUUUGGCUCUGGCCCUGGGCUGCCUGCUCCAGGCAGAGGCCGAGGUGCCGGUACAGCCCGACUUCCAGCAAGACCAGUUUACCGGGAGAUGGUUCAGCAUUGGCCUGGCCUCCAACUCCCGCUGGUUCAAGGACAAGAAGUCGGUGAUGAAGAUGUGCACCACAGUGGUCACGCCCACGGAAGAUGGCAACCUGGAUGUCACCUCCACCUAUCCCAAGCUUGACCAGUGUGAGACGAGGAACAUCCUUUUCAUCCAGACUGAGCAGCCCGGCCGAUUCCACUACACCAGCCCACGCUCAGGAAGCCAACAUGAUGUCCGCGUAGUGGAGACCAACUACAGCGAGUACGCUUUGCUAUGUGCCAAGAUGAGGAAAGGCGCAGAGACGUUCACCAUGGUGACGCUGUACGGGAGAAGCAAGGAACUGAGGUCUGACCUGCUGGAGAAGUUCACCCAGUUGGCCUUGGCACAGGGACUCAGCCAGGAGAACGUUCUCCUCCUGCCCAGGACUGAUCUUUGCAUGACAGACUCUGUGUAGACAACCAGGCUGAAAACCCAGCUUCUCUCUCGAGGAAGGAAGCCCCGUUUUCUGACUGAUCUGCCAGCCCUGGACUUCUCCAUGAUCGAAGGUGCGCCUGUUUCCUGUUGCUCAGCCCAGGGCACCUUCCGUCUCCAACCCCUUCCCUGGAAAAGCUGUUCCUUCAUUAAAAAUAAAAAGUAAAAAUUGUCUCCCAAA